ACUAAUCAUCAGUCAUUGUAAUCUCUUGAUUUCUUCCCCUGCCUUCGUCCGGCUAAAACAUGGAAGAAGAGGCGCGCCCUAGGAAACUUGAUUUUGCGUCGCCGGUACUGACCCCUUGGUUGGUAUCCGUUCACGAAGAAGAUUACGAGAAGAUGACUUUGUGCUUGAUCGCCGAUGGAAUAUCUAUCGUUAGGAAAGUGCCUUAUGGAUAUCAAAACAGAGACAUAAUAUCUACUUCCUAUCAGGGUUGGCUAAUAUUGUCGGAUCAAAAGGAGCGCUACUCACUUUGGAAUCCUUUGACUUUGGAGUUCAUACACUUACCUCCUCUCGCAUUGAGGAACACUUUGCACACCAAAGAGGAAAUCAGAGGGGCUGUAUUAACGUCUCCUCUUACAAGUAAUCACAAUCACGAGAGUACGGUUAUACUAGUUGAACAAAAUGUCCCUUCCCUAUUCUUUUGUAAGCUUGGAGUUGGAGGAGAUCAACGUUGUCUACAUUGGACUCAGCGGUUCAUCACAGUCAACCAUAAAGUAGAUGCAGACAAUUAUCUGCGAAAUCCUGUUAACUGUAAUGGAAGACUGUAUUCUCAAUUUAAUAGAUUCAAACUAAUAGAAGUUGAUUUACACAGCGAAGGGCUAGGUUUUGCCUCAAGAUGGUUAGACAUGCCGCGGCCAAAAUACAUGCAAGAUUCAGUUAAGGUUAAUGGAUACUUGUUCGAAUCCGGUGGUGAACUCUUUGCGAUUCAUUUGUCAUUGAUAUCAGUGACAAUACCUUGGGAAGAAGUAAUUUCUGUGCAAGUUUCAAGACUGGAUGUCCCGGCCAAUGGAUGGAAUAAGGUAGAAAGUUUGGAGGACAUAGCGUUCUUUGUUUCUGCAUUUUCUUCCUUUUCUUGCCCUGCGCUAAUUGGAUCGGGGGUUGAACCCAAUCAUAUCAAUUUCCAGUUUCUAGGGGAUAAAAGUUUGUACUCAUUCAACAUGCAAGACAAGACCGUUUCGGUUUCUUUACCUUGUCCAAAUCUACCACUAGCAUGGGAAUCAUUCUUCUUUGCAAUCAAGAGGACUUCUCCUACUACUACUGCUAUUGAUGAUGUCCAAGAUCAAACCAGAGACGUGGACGAUGAGAGCAAGGAGAUAAUAAAGCCUGAUGAAAUUAUUAGUGAAAUUGUGAGCGAGGAGGUAGGCCAAUUUGCUAAGCUUCCUUUAGACACGCUAGAUAGGAUUGGAAGAUGCCUAGUGUUAGGUGACUACAUGAGCUUUCGGGCUGCUAACAAAUUGUGUAGAUUGGCAGCCCCUCCAAGUUCAUCUUUGCAGGGGUUUCAUCAAGGCUAUAAUUCUUGCCUUCUCCCCCCUUGGCUAACCUAUUGGCAAAAAGGUGAUGAUGUUUGCAAUUUCAUUGAUCCACUGCGUGUGCAUGGGGGAAAAUAUCUCAUCCACAUCCCUAACAACCAAUCCAAAGAUGUCACAAUGUGCUAUUCAAAGGAAGGUUGGUGUGUGAUGUUACGAGGUAAAGAUUCCAUAUUCCUUUGGAAUCCCUUUGCUAAGAAAACUAUUCUUCUACCAAACUUGGCACCUGCUAAAUGUGAAGAGGUUUCUGGCUGCGGUUUCUCAUGUUCACCUGUCUCUUCGGAUUGUGUCAUUGCAAUUUUACUUUCGAAUGACCUUUACCGUCAUUGUAUUGACUUCUUCUCCUUAGACAAUGAUGGGAAAGGGACCAGACAUCGUAAUAUCGUUGCAGCAUUCACCUUUAAGGAAUUCAGAGUGACUAAUCACAACAAUCCAACAUUUUAUGAUGGGGCAUUCUACUUUCUUGGUACAAAGGGAAACUUAGCAGUUGUCAGAAAAUUAGAUGAAGAAAUAUUUUGUCAGUUACUUGAGAGGCCUGAAUGUCCUUGUGACUCCUUUCGUCAAAACUUUCUAUUAGAAUGUGAUGGGAAGCUUCUUUCUGUGUUUGUGGGUUCCUUAGGAAAAUGGGUUCGAAUUUUCAGAUUGGAUUUCUCCGAGAUGGUUUGGGUUGAAGUUGAAAAUUUAGGAAACCGAUCGCUUUAUCUCAGCUGUUUCUCAUCUUUUGCUACACCUUCAAUAUCAGGAAUGGAGAACAAAGUUUAUUUCCCAAGAUUUUACAGCGAUCGUCUUGUCUAUUAUUCUCUAGACUCAAGAAAAUUUCAUUGUCAUGGUGCCCAAGAUAUUCUGGAAGACUUCUACAACACCAAAAUGCAAUUAUUCAGCUGUUGGAUUCAACCUAGCAUUCCCUAAUUAAUAACUUAAUGAUGAUGAGCAUGCAAAAGGUGGUGAUAAGUUCAUGCUCCAUCCUUUCGUCUUACAUUAAGCUGCUUCUUUUCCUGCUGAAAUUAAAGGUCGAUAUAAUGGAGGACUAUAUAACUUCUAUGUUUUGUGUUUAUCUGCAAAGCAUUAAAUUUCAAUCCUUUGU